AUGCCGCCUUCAUUACCAUGUGAGUGGGACAACGACUUUUGGGCCGACGAACGCUUAUAUCCUCUAGAUGCCGCCGAUGUUGAGUCGCCGCUGAAGCCAGAGGAACUACAGGUUCUGCGCGCGCAGUACGAGAAAGAGGGUGAAUAUGUUGGGCUCCAGACAAAGUUCAACUACGCAUGGGGUCUGAUCAAAUCCUCCUCACGUCCCGACCAACAGGAGGGAGUGCGCCUCCUCUCUGAGAUCUUCCGCAACUCGCGCGAGCGCCGGCGCGAAUGCCUCUACUACCUCGCCCUAGGCAACUACAAGCUCGGCAACUAUGCUGAAGCCCGACGGUACAACGAGCUGUUGCUGGAGUUGGAGCCCGCGAACCUCCAGGCUGGAAGCUUGAAGGGACUUAUUGACGAAAAGGUCGCAAAGGAGGGGUUACCUCAAUCCAUCUUAUCCUACUACCCUACGUCUCAUCAUAUCCGUCUCAGACUCGCGACCAUGGAUCAGUCCAGCGAUCAGAAUGCGCCGUCACAGAACCAACGACCCGGACAUCGCGACAUGAUGUUUUGCCACGAGUGCGCCGACGAAUGGUAUCGGGACGAACACGGUCUGUCGUGUCCAGAAUGCGGCUCAGAUUUCACGGAGAUUAUUGAAGAUAACAAUGACCCAAGGGCCGGCACCGGAAUGUUUGGCCACGACGGCGACGAGUCCGACUCUCUGCCUGACCUCGAGAACGCCCCACCCCAUCUGAAUCCGCAUCACAACCCAUGGCAGACUGAUGACCCAGAGGAGGGGGAUAUUAGCAAUGUUAGAUGGACAGAGACGGGACCGGGAAGGUACAACUUGCAGGCUACCGUCACCCGCUCUGUAUCACCACAGGGCGGCAUGCCGGUGCCAGGGUCUAUAGGCGGAUUUAUGGCCAUGCUGAACGGGCUUACCGGAGCUGGAUUACGACCACCACAGGGUCAAGCACAGGGCCAGGGCGAGGGUCUGUUCUCUGGCGCCGCACCAGGGUCCAACCCGAACCAGUCUGCUUUCCAGGAAGCUCAAAAUCAGGGUCCAGGUGGUGGACCUCAAAUCCGCGGAGGGACCUUUACAUAUCACGGUGGCGCUCGUCUGUUCCCUGGAGGAGGAAACAACCCCGGGCGGGCUGAGCCUGUGGAUGAGAUCACCAAUGUCCUGACCGGUCUCCUGGCUACCUUUGGUGCACCGCCUCCUCGCGUCCAAGCCCACAACCACCCCUUAGGCGGCGCCGAGGGUACUUUCCGUGGUGAACACACUCAUGGCGCUGGCGAUCAGUUCGCGGGACACCCUAUCCUACAACUAUUCUCCUCAAUGGGUAUGAUGGGCCCUGCUAGUAACAUGGGAGACUUUGUCUACUCUCAAGAGGGCCUAGACCGCAUUGUUUCUCAACUGAUGGAACAAACUUCAACCAGCAACGCGCCUGGACCUGCGACGCAAGCCGAUAUCGAUGCCCUUCCUCGUACUAAUGUGACCGAAGAGAUGCUAGGCGAAGAACACAAGGCUGAAUGCAGUAUAUGCAUGGAUGAGGUCAACAUCGGCGAACAGGUCACGCUACUGCCAUGCAAGCAUUGGUUCCACCACCCAUGUGUAUCCGCAUGGCUGCUCGAGCACGACACCUGUCCUCAUUGUCGAAAGGGUAUUACCAAGGGUGGCGAGGGCCAGACGAACAACCCUGCGUCUGCAGACUCACAGACGGAUCGUACGUCCCAGAUGCCCGGCUCCUUCACUCCUUCCGGCUCGGGAACGUUCAAUGAUCCCUACGUCGUUCCCGCAGGAUCUCCACCCCCACCGUCCAACGAUCAGGGCAGCUCUUCUGAUAACGCAAAUGCAGGCCCGGGUAAUGGUGGCAUCAGUGAUCGGAUACGCAGGGGUCUGUUUGGAUCUCCGCAAUAG